UUGCGUGUCGUGGAACCGCUGCCGAAGGAGCCGAAAUGUCUCCCGGUAAGUCCCUCCGUCACUUUUAAAACCCAAAAGAACUACAAACGUCAGUUUUUAUUUAUUUAUUUUUCACUAUGAACGUUAUUUGUUUCUUCUUCGGAAACAAACGGAUUUUUUUUCUCCAGGUUUCUGCUCUGAAGAAGCAAAGCGCGCGUGACACCCGUUAAAAGCAUCAAGCAGAGCCUCCGUGCUGCGUUCUUCUUCUUUGGUUUCUAGCUUUAUGCUCGGACGAUGGCGUUCUUCGUGAAAAAGAAGAAAUUCAAGUUCCAGACGCAGUUUACGCUGGAGGAGCUCACGGCGGUGCCAUUCGUCAACGGGGUCCUGUUCUGCAAGAUGAGGCUGCUGGAGGGGGACUUCGUGGCCACUUCUUCCAGGCAGGAGGUUCAAGAGAACUGUGUCCGCUGGAGGAAGAGGUUCACCUUCGUGUCCAAAAUGAGCGCCAACCCCCACACGGGGGUCCUGGACCCGUCUGUCUGCAGGGUCUCAGUCAGGAAGGAACUCAAAGGAGGAAAAGCGUACACGAAGCUGGGCUUCACAGACCUCAACAUGGCGGAGUUUGCCGGCUCCGGCUCCACGGUGCGCUGCUGCCUGCUGGAGGGCUACGACACAAAGAACACGCGGCAGGACAACUCCAUCCUGAAGGUGAUCAUCGGGAUGACCCUCCUGUCCGGAGACCCGUGCUUUAAAACGCCUACCGGCUCAGCGAAGUCUAUCUCCGUCCCGGGGCGAGAGCACACCCUGCAGCUGGACUGCAAGGGGGAGGGGACCGCCGAGCCCGGGCCAGCAGGGGGCGUCUCUCUGGGCCGGGCCUCCAAGCCCCGGGCCUCCAUCGUCAGCUCAGGCCUCCUCGAGGAGUCCGAGGCGACCCACUACGGCCCGGCCGACGUCUUCCAGUCCGGCCACUCCCGCAACUCCAGCUACGCCAGCCAGCACAGCAAGAUCUCAGGCUACAGCACGGAGCACUCGCGCUCCUCCAGCCUGUCCGACCUCACUCACCGCCGCAAUGCCUCCACGGGCAGCAGCGCCUCCGGAGGCUUGUGCUCCGCCGGCGACGCUCCGGCCAACGCCGACAAGGACGUUGGACGUCCGGAAAGACCCCUGAGACCCCCGAGGCCCGCCAUGCCCUCCAACCGGCCCCCCAGGAGGAAGCUGGACUCGGUGGAGACUCACCCGUCCUGGGUGAAUGACACCCGGAUGGAUGCCGACGACAUCGUGGAGAAGAUCGUCCAGAGCCAGAACUUUGCCGACGUCAACCACACUGAAGACAGUAACCUGCGUCUGUUCGUCAGCAGAGAUGGAACGACAGCCCUCAGCGGCAUCCGGCUCGGAAACAGGGUUUCUUCUGCGGGCGGCUACGAGCCUGUGGUCAUCGAGAGCCACUGAAACCGCCAGACGCGGUUCUUCCUCCCGGAGCUUCAGCCGGCCCGGGCGCCUCGAGAGGAGGAGCCUCGAGAGGAGGAGGAGGAGGAGCCUCGAGAGGAGGAGGAACCUCGUCAGUUUGCACUUUAUGUGAAGUUUGUCUGCUCUUCAACACGUUUCUUUGCCGCGGCCUCGUUGUGUUUUCAUUCUACAUUUUAUCCGUUAAUCUGACCGUUAACGAGUUAUUGACUCGUCGUGUCUCUUCUUCUUGUCCAGCUCGUUAUCUGGACGUCGAGUCUCACGACUCGUGUUUAUUAAUCUCACGGAUGAACCACUGACCUUAUAGUCUUUCUAGUAUCCUCAUUUAUUUAUAUGUAUUUUUGGAGGUUGAUCAUAAACUAUGCACACAUACACUCGCCUCCCUCAGCUUUUUUCUUUUUUUUCUUUUAGUAACUCUCACAAGUUAUUGUAUUGUAACAAAAGCUUGUAAACCCUAAAUUUAUAGAGAAUCAUGCUUUUCUUUUUCUUUUUCGGGUUGGCGUGUCCGCGGAAAUUACUUCUGAACAAUAAAAAGCUAAUUUGA